UGUUGUAUGCAGGGCCGGCUCCAGGCACGUUCCUUAGGAGUGACCGUGCUGGGCGCCGACUCCUAAGGGUGUCCAGAAGCCGGCCGCAAUUUUAAUUUAGCCACCGGUCCACCAGCCAAUCAGAGCUUGCAGACCGGCAGUGGAUGCUGCUACCGGACCGUGAGCUUUGUCUGGCUGAUGAACCAGCGGCUAUAGACAGGGGCCUCCGGAGGUGGGAGUGAGGGGCAGGAGAGUCACAUGCUGUGCUCUCCUCCCCUCACACAGAGAACAGCGGCGGAGGCGGUGGCAGCAUGGGAGCAGCAGGACGUGGCUGGCGGUGGACACGGUGGAAGACGGGAGAGCAAGCUUAUACAGAUCUGUUGUAACCAACUCUUCCAAGGAGAUGAUGUGUUUUACAGAUUAUCCAAUGCCACAGGAUUUCCCAGCAUACCUGCACAAUUCAAAGGUUCUGGAGUACCUCACACUUUAUGUGGAUCACUUCAGACUCCUGAAACACAUUCACUUUAAGACUGAGGUCUGUCAUGUGACAAAGAGCUCAGAUUUCUGCAGGACAGGGCAAUGGGAGGUCCGGACAGAGAAGUGCGGUAUUCAGCAGAUGGAGCAUUUUGAUGCUGUUUUGGUCUGUAAUGGUCAGCAGGUUGAUCAUUAUUUGCCUCUAGAUUCUUUUCCAGGAAUACAUGAAUUUAAAGGUCAGUACACCCACAGCCGUUUUUACAGAGAACCAAAAGACUACCAUGGAAAGACCGUCCUAGUAGUAGGAACUGGAAAUUCAGCAGGGGACAUAUCUGCAGAAAUCAGUCACACAGCAAAACAGGUAUACCUAAGUACCAGACAAGGUUCCUGGGUAGUAAGUCGUAUUUCCCAGCAUGGAUUCCCUAUAGAUAUGGUUUUUUCAACACGCUGUUAUUUCUGGAUCACUAAUGCUUUGCCAAAUGGACUUUUGACCAUGGUGACUGAGAAGCAAAUGAACAAUUGGUUUGAUCAUGCAAAUUAUGGAUUACAGCCUGAAGACCGAUCUUUGUUAAAAGAACCCAUCGUCAAUGAUUAUCUACCCAGCCAAAUCCUAUGUGGAGCAAUCAGGGUUAAGCCAGAUGUUCGUAGAUUCACUGAAUCAACAGUGGUCUUUGAGGAUGGCACUGUAGUGGAAGACUUAGAUGAGGUUAUAUUUGCUACUGGGUACAGCAUCUCAUUUCCAUUUCUUGAUGACUCAGUCAUUAGCGUUGAUGACAACAAAGUCACUCUUUACAAGAAUGUUUUCCCAACACGUCAUGAGAAACCAACACUAGCGUUCCUUGGGCUUGUACGACCUCUUGGAUCUCUCCCACCAGUAUCUGAACUUCAGGCACGCUGGGCAACCAGAAUAUUUAAAGGUAUUGUGAAAUUACCUUCAGUAACAAAAAUGGAAGCUCAUUAUGAGAGGAGUAUGGAACGCAAGAGGAAGUGUUUUGGAAAGGGCAGAAGUCAGACUCUGCAAACAUACUUUAUUGAGUACAUGGAUGAAAUAGCUGUGGAGAUGGGAAUUUGCCCCAACAUAAUACAUCUGUUGCUUAGAGAUCCUAGAUUAGCCUGGAAUGUAUUUUUUGGCCCCUGCACACCAUACCAGUAUCGUCUAACAGGUCCUGGCAAAUGGAGUGGAGCUAGGGAAGCAAUCCUGACCCAGUGGAGCCGAACACUAAACCCAGCAAAGACUCGUAUUGUUUGCAGAUCUACAGAACCUACACCAAGGUUAAAAAAAGUACUUGGCCUCUUUGGAUUGCUGGCAGCAAUUUUUAUUGUUUUUUAUUGUGUUGUCUUGAAAACAUUAAUAUGAGCCUUGAUGUACAUGCAUGCAACUGAAGAAAUAAUGUCUGUAAGACUAGUUUAGAUGUGAUUUUUCUCAAUUUCAGGAAUACAGAACUAAACUGAACUAAUUAAACGUAAAAUUAGGGGGGGGAAAUAAAGAUAAUAUUUGUUUACAAUGAAAAAUGCAAAAACACAGCAUAGAGACUUUUGAAUGAUCAAAACACACCUGCUAUUGCUCUAUUAAUUCCAGUGGUACAGUUGGAUGAAUUUGCAGCAGAGAUGGUGGCUCGGAGGUCAAUCUUGCACCAGCCAGUGGAGUGUACAGUAUUGUAUAUGUUGUUAAUUCGCCUCUCGCUUAUCGUGUCAGGUCUCUAGUAGAUACAGGGGGUAAGUCUCUAGUAUCUCAUACUCGUAGAAUCAGAUAUGAAUUUUUAUAUGUGUAAUUUUUAUCCAACUCUCACUUCCCAUAUCCUAUGUCUGUUGCUGAUGUAACAAGUCUGAUGUCUGUAACAGCGAAAAAGGAGAACUAUAGAUCUAAAUAUGUAUAGUGUUUUAUUAAUUCAUGCAAGGUUUAGGGUAAUAGAAUGAUACAAUAUUACCCUUUCAAACGUGUCCGAGACACAAGGGAUACAGAGGAUUUAGAUUUCAACUGAUAAUAAUAAUAAAAAUACUGUAUAUUAUUCAUUAGGUCCGCUGUAUCUCUUAAUCAUCUCCCUCUGGUAAAAUAAUCAGAGGGUCAUUCGGGUAAGCUGGACCUGUAUACCCUAUCAAGACUAAAUCACUAACUGCACAGCCAGAUAAUAUGAGAGUUGGAUAAAAAUGACACUUAUAAAAAUUCAUAUCUGA